AUGGGUUGUUAUUCCCACAAGUUAUAUGUACUCUUGACAAAGAUCUUAUUCCAACAAAAUCUAUAUGAACAUUUAGAUCUUCAUACCCCGCGAGAACCUUGCAAAGAUGAAUUCGGUGACUGGCCGAACGGAUUACUCACGAUCGGGACGUUUGGAAAUGGCAGUCAGAGCAAAGAUCAAGCAAGGCAAGAUCAACAAGAUCACACCACGCCGUCUCCAUCCCAUGACCAAUCACCACAAGACCUCACCAUUGAACAAGUGUGGAAACUUCAGCAAGAGUUGAAUUCAUUCUUGAACACGCAGCCCCAACGGCGUGACCCCUCGUCCGACGCGACGGGCAACAGUGGCAGCUCCGGCUCGUACCGAUCUGCCAGUUGCCCUUUGAGCUCAGAGAUCGUCACCGACAUGAGAGAAAUUGCUGAACUAAUUUCUCACAAGCAGAACACGAGAGAGGACAAUUUCCAGGAGACCAACAGCGCGGUUGUUUAUCGCAAGUCAGGGAAAGAUGAUGUGGUCUCGGAUGGUGCUAAGAGGAAUGGGAUUGGAAAGAGGUCAUUGUCUUUGCUUAUGAAGAAGAUGCUCGCAUGCAAAAGCGGGUUCAACCUUGAACUGUCGACGGUUCCCAGCUUUAGAGACCCUCUCCCUGAGACUAGAAUGGAGAAGGUCAUGAAGGCCAUACUUCACAAGAAGGUAUACCCCCAAAGCUCAAGCCAGGCAUUAUCUGCAAAGAGAUGUCUGGAACAGAGGCCAAUGCCCAAAUCAUCAUCUAAUCAAGAACAAGCGAACGAGGAGGCGGUGAAAAGUAAAUGGGACAGAACUGAUUCCGAAUAUAUUGUUCUGGAGAUAUAACAACCUGAAAUUUAACAGGCACGAUGUCAAUCCAGUUCAAGGUGAGAAAUGUGUAUCUUUCAAUCUGGGAAAGAGAAACAAUCACGGUUUGUUAUUUUAAGAUGAUAA